AUGCCGGCCGGUACUUCAGGAAGAACCUCACCCUCCGCUGGAGCGGCGACCCCCGCGAGCAGCGGCUCCACGCCGGAAAAAGCCCGGACUCUGCCGGAGACGAGGAAGUCUUCAAAACCGAUCAUGGAAAAGCGGAGACGCGCGCGCAUCAACGAGAGUCUGGGUCAGCUGAAGACUCUCAUCCUGGACGCGCUCAAAAAAGAUAGCUCCAGACACUCCAAACUGGAGAAGGCCGACAUCCUGGAAAUGACCGUGAAGCACCUGAGGAACCUGCAGAGGCUCCAGAUGACUGCUGCAGUGAACACGGACCCGUCCGUCCUGGGUAAAUACCGAGCCGGGUUCAGUGAGUGUGUGGGAGAGGUCACCCGCUUCCUCUCCACGUGUGAAGGCGUGAACGCCGAGGUGAGGACCCGCCUCCUCGGCCACCUGGCAGCCUGCGUGACCCAGAUCAGCGCCGUCAGCUUCUACGGACCCCCUCAGGGUGCGCUGGGACUCGGGCAGACCCCCACAGUCCAGCACGUGCCUCGCAAGGGCGGCUCCCCCACGCACGCCUCCCCAGAGGCGAUGAAGCUGUACGGCGGCUUCCAGGUGGUGCCCACGCCAGAUGGACAGUUUGCGUUUCUGGUUCCCAGCGCGGCUCUGGCGCCUCUGACUGCUCAGAACAGUCACCACGUGUCGCCUGCCGCGCCGCCUGGCACCUCAGACUCAGUGUGGAGGCCCUGGUAG